CAGUCAGUCAGUCAGCCAGUCGGGACUGCAAGGUACCACUAUCCAUAGAGUGUAAUCGUUCAUCGCGUAUUCAGUGUUGGUUCGCCGGUACUUACUAUACAGUUCGAUAAACCCGCAUCACCAUGAGCAAGAUUCUGGUCUAUAUUUUGGAUAGAAUUGUUUGGAUGCUUGUAAUUCUCGUAAUUACAACACAGGCUCUACAAAUGGCCGGAAUUGUGGAAUCCCCGAAAAGUUUAGGAGAAAUCUCUUACUCUGACAACAACAAUUAUAAUUAUCAGUUGGCUGUCGGAAAUACUGAUCUGAGAGGAAAACGUCAAACGGAAGAAAGAUCGAAAUUUAUCGACAGUCUAUUCAAUUUGCCAAUUCAGACUUUGAAUGCCUUAAACACAUUGGUGCAAAACUCGAGACCAGCCUUUCAGAAAUUUAGGGACUACAUGCAAAGCAAAUCUGGCAAAAGCACGACAACAACAAAAGCACCGGAAAUCCGAGUCGAGAGCAAUGUUAACACGUUGAGGAAAAGAUCGCCGGUUUAUAUUAGACCAGUUGGAGAAGAGAGAGAAGCUGUUCAAUCUUAAUUAUACGAAUUAGUACUGUGUACUUGCAUAAACAUAACUGUACCUGUGAAAUUUUACUUUUCGAUCAAUCAUUCAUCAAUCAUUGUUUCCAUUUUACGGCUGAUCUUUGAUGUUGUUUUAUUUGAAAAAAAUGUAUAUUUUGUAUAUAUUCCGUGAUCAAUGCAAUUGUUCUUUUAUUAGUUUUGUAGGAAUAUUAAGACUGUAUAUUGUAGAAUUAAGGGAAAUGUUAUUUAAAAUCAUAAGACUUG